GGUGGAUUGCAUUCAUGGGUAGAGAGAGAGACAUGGGUUUGUGUGUCAUAUGAUCGAUCAUCAAGGCGAUUGCGCGGGCGGACAAGAUGAAGACACUCUCGUCAAAUAUAAAACGUAGGCAACGAUAGACUCCUGCCUUCCCCUCCUACCUCCCCUCUCAAACCACCACCACCACCACGCACGCGUAUCCUUGGCCUCUUCCUCAUUCUCGUCGUCAUCAUCGACAACGAAGCCCGGGAGGGUGGGGCUGGGGGGAUGGUGGGGGUACUGGGGAGGGGUCUGGAACGGAUUGCCGUUGGCCGUGGGCAUCAUGGUCUGGUUGGGGGGUGUGCGGAACCCGCUCUCCUCGUCGAGCUCGUCAUCGUCAAUAAUGCCCGAGUUGCCCAUUCCCUGCCCCUCCCCAGCCCCCUUGCCGUCCUCACCAUUCUCGUGCUCAUCUCUAUCGCGGCCGGGGCUUCCCGGGGGCGUCACGUCGGGGAUGGCGACGCUACCAGCACCUGCUUGGCCACCUGCUUGGCCACCAUCACCACCGGCAUCUCUCCCGCUCUCUGUGUUGGGCGGCGGUGUCUCGUCACCCAGGCGGCUCGACAGACGUACCCGCUCUAGACGUGUCUGUGUGGACAAACAGUAUCCAUGAAGCGUCUUUUGUCUGUCAUCCGUGGUCAACUGGUGGUGUCUAUACCUUGUAGUGGUCCUCUAGAAUGCGCGGGUCGUCGCCAUCGAUGACAACCCCGACGACACUGUCUCUCUCCCGCACUGCGAAGUUGCACUGGCCGUUGAAUGCCGUCUCACAGACGUCGGGUUGCUCGUCGUACCGGCAGGUGAGACAGCACACGAGCCCAACCUGAGAAGGCCAAGACACACAGGGUGAUCCAUCCAUCCAAUACAGAACUACCAAGAUAAACCUUGAUGCAUGCGUCCGUACCCCCACUAUGUCGUCGCACCGCGCCCUCCCCGCAGCGACACCACGACGUAUGGCGGCGAGGACGUCUUUGAAGUUGGAGUUGAGUGUGGCUGCGAUUGUGAGCGGAUAGAAACUCAGUUCCAGGGCCACCACCCCCUGCCUGUGUCUGUCCUCGAUGGCCUCCGCAACCACGCGCUCAAGCACCUCCACCGAGUCUGCACAUAUUCAUGAAUAAGUCACGCCACACAGAAUGACAUACACAAUAGGACGCAAACCCAGGGCUGGUUCGUGUGUGUGUGUGUGUGGACUGUGCGCACCGAGUAUUUUCGCGAUGCGAUCAAACACCUCCCUGAUGGUCUCGGUUUCCCUGUUGGUUUCGGUUUGGGGGUAGGCCUUGCUUGCCACCACCACCGCACUGGCCUUGGCCUCGCGCAACUCGUCGGCUGCACACACAGACACACACACAGACACAGCUCCCAUUUCCUCACCUACCGUCUGUGUGCUGCUUGGGCCGAUCUGGGUCCCCUCGUUGUGCAGCUGCCACCAUCCGUCGAGCAGGAGAGACAAGGCACGGUCUUCGAAUAUAAAACGUAGACAGCGAUCUGCAAAGAAGAGACAUAAGCUGAGGCACUCUCGCCUGGCACACUGACGCCCUGUUCGUCUACCUGGAAUGCGUCGACAAACGACACGGGCGCAUUCCAGGUAGACGACGAAUUCCACCAUCUCGGUGAACUGGUGGUGGCCAGCACACAGAUACGUGCAACAAACCAAACCAACCUACACACACAAGACACACAAAGAGAGAGAAGUUGGUACAUGCGUGAAUGUGUGUGUAUGUGUAUGUGUACCUCUAUUUCAUGGUUACAUCGCCCUCGCCCUUCCUCCACACCCCUCUGGAUGGCAUCCAGGAUGUCCGCCGCGGAAUGGUCGUAGACACCGGUGAAAUACGUGGGGCAGAAGCGGAGCUCCAGUGCCGUCACGCCAUCCCUGUAGCGGUCCUCGAUAGCCUCGGCCGUCACCUCCUGCACGACCUCCGGCGUAUCUGCAGUAUUAGAUGCAUGAAUGCAGGCAGGGAAAAGGCAUGGAGACAGGCGCUUAGUCUGGGAGGUAAUAUAUAUCUGUUGGCAUAUGUAAUGAGCUCGUGUGCUUACCAAAGAUGUCCGAUAGGCGCCCGAGCUGGGCCCGGCAGCCGGGUCUUGUGCGUGUUCUUCACGUCCACGGUGAAGUAGUCCACCUGGUCCCUCUCGUUGUCUGGCAGAGGCAGCCCCAGCCGCCUGUAGUGUCUGAUCAAACGCAGAGAGAGGGACAGAAAGGCAAUAAGCAGAGCCUCUCCCAAGUGCAUUUGUGUGCAACCGCACCGUACCGUAUGGCCGUCUCGGGUCUCACGGAGCCCUCGAGGUUGCAGUGCAAGUCGGCCUUGGGGAGCCUUUUGAACCUGACAGAAUGCCAGAGCACACAGACGUACAGCCAGGGAGUUGCAUGCACCGUUUGUUGCAUUUGGUCAGCAUCCAAUUGUCGCAUGACAGCUGUACCAGGCAGAUUGAGGGUCUUCCUCCUCAGCUUCUUCCAGUUCUCCCUCGUCAAAGAUGAUCCCUGGUCUCUCCUCCAUCGCUUGGGCCAGCGACAGCGUCACAGAGCGACUCAACACGGAGCACUACUUUGAAUCUUCCAGUUCUCCCUCUUGUAGAAUAUGCUGUGUAAGUCAGAUUCCUCACCACUCUACCGCCAGGGCUGGGGACCUCGAAGUCCAUCGUGAAGUGCUCAGCGAGCAGAUGGCUUUUGGCCUCCUCGGAGAUGAAGGAGUUGCAGAUGCUCUCCCGGCAGAGCCCAACCAGCUGCCAGGCCGUUAAGCCUUCAUGCAGGUGGAGGUUCCGGUAGGCAGCGGGCAGGUCCACGGCCAGCAUGGCCGAAGCGUGCUGCUUGGGGCGAUCUUGGUCUCCUCGUUGUGCAGCUGCUACCAUCCGUCGAGCAGGAGAGACAAGACACGGUCUUCGAAUAUAAAACGUAGACAGCGAUCUGCAGAGAAGAGACAUAAGCUGAGGCACUCUUGCCUGGCACACUGACGCCCUGUUCGUCUACCUGGAAUGCGUCGACAAACGACACGGGGCGCAUUCCAGGUAGACGACGAAUUCCACCAUCUCCGUGAACUGCUGGUGGCCAGCACACAGACACGUGCAACAAGCCAAACCAACCUACACACACAAGACACACAAAGAGAGAGAAGUUGGUACAUGCGUGAAUGUGUGUGUAUGUGUAUGUGUACCUCUAUUUCAUGGUUACAUCGCCCUCGCCCUUCCUCCACACCCCUCUGGAUGGCCUCCAGGAUGUCCGCGCGCGGAAUGGUCGUAGACACCGGUGAAAUACGUGGGGCAGAAGUGGAGCUCCAGUGCCGUCACGCCAUCCCUGUAGCGGUCCUCGAUAGCCUCGGCCGUCACCUCCUGCACGACCUCCGGCGUAUCUGCAGUAUUAGAUGCAUGAAUGCAGGCAGGGAAAAGGCAUGGAGACAGGCGCUCAGUCUGGGAGGUAAUAUAUAUCUGUUGGCAUAUGUAAUGAGCUCGUGUAUUUACCGAAUAUGGUCGAUAUGCGGCUGAGAGGAGCCUGGCAGUCGGGCUCGAUCGUGUUGCGGACAUCGGCGGUGAAGUAGUCCACCUGGCCCCUCUCGUUUUCCGGAAGAGGCAGCUCCUCCACGUCGGCAGGUGGAGCUGUCUCUUGCUCCUGCUCCUGCUGCAGCAGCAGCAGCUGCUGCAAAUCAGAAGAGAAGAAACAAAAGCGAGAUGUUUCUCACUAUUUCCGUGGGCAAUGUGCGGUGUUUAUAUGCACCUGUCUCUCGUCCUUGGCCUCCCAGUCUGCCCCAGGACGGUUGCGAUGGAGCCAGGGCAGGCCCACGCUCCUCCAGCUGAAUGUAUGAAAGACAAAAGAGGCAAAGGGCACCAGAAAGCGACUUAUUCAAGGAUAAAUGCAAUGUGUGUCUCCCCGAUUAGGGCGUUUGCGUGUGUUCCUGAGUCCUGAGCAUACCUGGGCUCGUCUGUGUGCGCCAUGGACCUGUGCACGACGGAAGAGAAAGCACAUCGAUGACAUUCAGAACAAUGCUACUCAUGCAAUGCUCAGACGUACCAGUUGAUGUCCAUUUCAUUCUCGGCGUCCUGGCUGGCUCUCGGCUUCCGUGCCCUCCAACUGAUCCUCCGAGUCGCUGCUCAUCACCUAAGUCUUUGGGAGUCCUCUGAACCUGAAGUCACAUACAAUACAUACGACGCAACGUGGGAAUGCCGUCCAUGAGAGAAGCUCUUCAAUGGUGGCGUACCGCUCUCUGUCGUGUGCAGCGCCGGCCUCAUCCGCCUGUGCAGGCUGAGCUCCUUCCUCCACUGCAAUGCCGCCGUCUGGCGUCUCCUCUGCCCCCCGUUCCUCACCCUCUGUCGAGUCUAACAUCGGUCCUCUGUCGUUUCCAAGCUAUCUCCUUUGUUUAUCUUUCGCCCUGUCUCAAAGCAGACACCUCUACCUUCGGAAGUUCUCUGAACCUGGAGAUUUGAAUUCACAUACAAUACAUACGACGCAACGUGGGAAUGCCCUCCAUGAGAGAAGCUCUUCAAUGGCGGCGUACCGCUCUCUGUCUUCCGCACCGCCGGCUUCACCUGCCUCUGCAGGCUGUGCUGCGUUCGCCAUUGCAAUGCCGCCCUCUGGCGGCUGGCCUCCCGCUGGCCCCCGUCUCUCCUCACCGAUGUCGCUCAUCACCUCUGUCGACACACUUUUUGUGUUUUUUUCACCCGUCUGAUCACAAUCAUGGCCGGCAGCGUGCUGCUGAGGGUGAGGUUGGUCCCCUCGGCGUACAGCUGCCGCCAUCCGGCGACCAGUGGCUCCGCGAGGCUGCAAUGGACCGGAACGCCUCUCUCCCUGGCCCAGUCCACAGCGGCGGGCAUCUCACGACAGCCUGUCAGCCGGUUGGGGCCGGUGGUGUUGAGCAGCUGCUCGACGUUGCCCGGCUGCGAUGAGAGGCUCAAGGCAAUCUUGACGCCGGCUGCACGUACCCGCUCCAGACGUGUCUGUGUGGACAAACAGUAUCCAUGAAGCGUCUUUUGUCUGUCAUCCGUGGUCAACUGGUGGUGUCUAUACCUUGUAGUGGUCCUCCAGAAUGCGCGGGUCGUCGCCAUCGCUGACAACCCCGAAGACACUGUCUCCCUUGCGAAGUUGCACUGGCCGUUGAAUGCCGUCUCACAGACGUCGGGUUGCUGGCAGUAACGGCAUGUGAGACAGCACACGAGCCCAACCUGAGAAGGCGAAGACACACACGGUGAUCCAUCCAUCCAAGGCAGAACUACCAAGAUAAACCUUGAUGCAAUGCGUACGUGCCUCCACUUUGUCGUCGCACCGCGCCUCCCCUUUGAAGUUGGAGUUGAGUGUGGCUGUGAUUGUGAGUGGAUAGAAACUCAGUUCCAGGGCCACCACCGACUGCCUGUGUCUGUCCUCGAUGGCCUCCGCCACCACGCGCUCAAGCACCUCCACCGAGUCUGCACAUAUUCAUGAAUGUGUCACGCCACACAGAAUGACAUACACAAUAGGACGCAAACCCAGGGCUGGUUCGUGUGUGUGUGUGUGUGUGGACUGUGCGCACCGAGUAUCUUCGCGAUGAGAUCAAACACCUCCCUGAUGGUCUCGGUUUCCCUGUUGGUUUCGGUGAAAUACUUGUGCUGCUCGUCGUCGCCCUCUGGCAACGGCAGGCCUCGUUUCUUGUACUCUCUGUAUGUACAACGAGGACAGACAUGGAGAAUCUCUCAAUUGGUGCUGUAUGAUUGCUCUCACUCGAUGGCCGUCUCAGGUCGAACGGCGCCCUCCAGCUGGCAAUGGUCAGCCUUCGGUAAGUUCCUGUACCUGCAUCGACGGACACAGAUAUCAUUGCAGCGCAAAGCGUGUGGAAAGCAUGCAGUGAGCGAGUGACUGAACGUACCAGUCGUCGCUGAUGUCAUAUCUCCCAGCCCCUGCAACAGUGCCGCCCGAGGUGCCGCCGUCUGGCCUUGCCUCUGGCCCCCUUCGCUCACCCUCUGUGCCCUCCAUGAUCUCUUUGUCUUCUCUCACUUGUCUCAAAUCAAUCGCUCGCCCCCCAGCUUUCCCGGCGCCCUCCAGCUGGCAAUGAUCAGCCUUCGGUAACUUCUUGUACCU